UUCUUUUCCGUAGGCUCACACGGCACGAGCCGCGCCAGCCAAGUGGUGUGCGACGCGAGACGCGUCACGGGCUCGCUCACGCCGGCCGGCCGGGAGCGGACGGGCCGGUCGAUCCAUCCAGGUCGUCGGCGUCGUCGUCGGCGUCGCCUCCAGAAGCACGAGCCCAGCAUAGCACGGCCGCAGAAUAUUCCACGUCCCUUCCGUUUCCGGCCCCCCCUCAUCCUCCCCAGCAGCAAUAAAAAAGCAAGCCAAUCCCCCACCCCUCCUCCGAUUAAUCAAACCGCGCGGCGGCGGCGGCGAGCGUGCGACCUGCGACCACCAGACGACCCAACCGACCCACUGACCCACACCACCGGAGAGCUCUGCCUUUUACGUUAAUCAAUCGAGCCCAGUUAAAGAACCUCUUAAUUGCCCGCCAGGAGAUCCACCAGGCUUAUCUUCUCCGUCUCCUCCGACCUCGCCUCGCCCCCUCGCCCCGCGGCUUCUGGGCUCCUUGGCGCCAAAAUCCCCGCUUCCGAUCUCAGGCCUUCGGGAAUCAGGGGGCCUUUCAUUGAAGUUCACGAUGGGGGGCUGUGUGGGCAAGGUGAGUUCGUGUCUGUUACCGAAUCUGUGUUUUGUUCUUGAACUCCCGAGUGAUUUUUAUGUAAUCCUCCUGUCCUCUUUUGGUCAGGGUCGUAGCAUCGUGGAAGAAAAGCUUGAUUUCAAAGGUGGAAAUGUGCAUGUCAUAACAACCAAAGAGGACUGGGACCAGAAGAUUGAAGAAGCAAACAAGGAUGGGAAAAUUGUUGUGGCAAACUUCAGCGCUUCGUGGUGUGGGCCAUGCCGUGUCAUUGCACCUGUUUAUGCUGAGAUGUCCAAGACUUACCCUCAACUCAUGUUCUUGACAAUUGAUGUUGAUGACCUAAUGGAUUUCAGCUCAACAUGGGACAUCCGUGCAACCCCGACGUUCUUCUUCCUCAAAAACGGCCAGCAGAUCGACAAGCUCGUCGGCGCCAACAAACCUGAGCUCGAGAAGAAAGUACAAGCUCUUGGUGAUGGCAGUUGAACCAUGCUACAGAAUUAGAACAGAGCCAGCUUGUCAUUGCUUAUAUAUCUGUAUUGCCAUGCUUGUGUGUCUUAUGUGUUGCAUGAUAGUUUCCUGGUGUACAGUUUCCGUGUCUUUUCCGUCUAGACAAUGUUUUACAAUUUUGCGACACGCAUAUGCAUAUGCUGUGAAACUGUAAGAUGACCCUGCUGGUAAAAUGCUAGUUUCGUGAGUGUCA